AAACGAGCCUUGCCUGCAAACCAGUCAUACGACUCGAUGCAUGGGUGACUGGUGUGACAUCUCACAGCGCAUGUCAUAUGAUAGGUGUGUAUGUGUCAGUCUCACACACAGACAUACUCUCCAGUUACCCUGACAGUGGAUAUAUCUUUCCAGAAUGGUUGACAGACAGACUGCCGGAUGCACCAACAAGGCCGUGCUGGCCAAGUACAUGGAGUUAGAGCAGCCAGAUGACCUGGUGCAGGCCGAGUACCUCUGGAUCGACGGGACAGGAGAGGGCAUCAGGACCAAGUGCAGGACACUCCCAUCCGAGCCCAAGGACCCUCAAGACUGUCCAAUCUGGAACUACGAUGGUUCCAGCACCUAUCAGGCCGAGGGCUCGAACUCAGACAUGUAUGUGAAGCCAGUGGCGUUGUUCAGAGACCCCUUCCGCGGCGGCAAGAACAAGCUGGUGCUGUGUGACGUCUACAAGUACAACAUGCAGCCUGCAGAAACAAACCGUCGUCACUCCUGCCUUGCUGUGAUGGAGCGGGCGAAGGAUUCGAUCCCAUGGUUUGGCAUUGAACAGGAAUACACGCUGCUGGACACAGAUGGUCAUCCGUUUGGCUGGCCGAAGAACGGGUUCCCCGGCCCUCAGGGUCCCUACUACUGCGGCGUGGGCUGCGACAAGGUGUACGGCCGCGACAUCGUCGAGGCUCACUACAGGGCGUGUCUGUAUGCGGGGAUCGACAUUGCAGGCUGUAACGCCGAGGUCAUGCCAGCUCAGUGGGAGUUUCAAGUGGGGCCAACUGAAGGCAUAAAGAUGGGCGACCAUCUGUGGGUGGCCAGGUACCUCCUGCACAGAGUGGCGGAAGAUUUUGGAAUCGUUGUGACCUUUGACCCUAAGCCAAUGAGCGGCGACUGGAACGGCGCAGGCGCUCACACCAACUACAGCACGAAGGCGAUGAGAGAAGACGGAGGCAUUCUGGCUAUCGAGGAUGCCAUUGACAAACUUUCCAAGAAACAUGUCCGCCACAUAAAGGCGUAUGACCCAAAGGAAGGCAAGGACAACGAGAGACGUCUCACGGGACACCACGAGACUUCAUCCAUCCACGACUUUUCGGCAGGUGUCGCCAACCGCGGAGCUAGUAUCCGUAUUCCCCGCCAGGUGGCGGAAGACAAAAAGGGCUACCUUGAAGACAGACGCCCUUCAUCCAACUGCGACCCUUACAGCGUGACAGAGGUCAUCGUCAAGACAACAGUGUUAAACGAGUGAUGUGAUGGACGUUGUUAUGGAUACGUGACAGCGCGUUUCAUCGACUAUUCCUUUUCUUAAAUAGAAGUAGUUCUUUAAUUUCACUGAACAUAUUAAGGCGGUUGAAGGCGUGGUUAUGGAACGAAGGUGUUAGGAGACAUGGUCGCGUUCCUAUAGCCUUGCGAUAAUAUACUGGUCGUGGGUUCGAAUCCAAACUUCACCGAGAUUAUCAUCAUUUUGAGCUCUCCUGAUACUUAACUUAAAGAUGGCACGCCUGGAAAUAGCUGAAGUACUGUUCAAUGCUGCUUGACGCCAAUCUCUUGAAGUGCAUUGGGUUAUUCAUGGUGUAUAGCAUCACUGUUAGAUUAACAUCUGUAUUUGCUUCGUUGAUAAUAGGGGCGGUCGGGUAGCCCAGUGGUUAAAGCGUUCGCUCGUCACGCCGAAGACCCGGGUUCGAUUCCCGAAAUGGGUCCAAUGUGUGAAGCCCAUUUCUGGUGUCCCCCGCCGUGAUAUUGCUGGAAUAUUGCUAAAAGCGGCGUAAAACCAUACUCACUCACUCACUCGUUGAUAAUAAUUCAUAUUUAAACAUAAACAUUACACUGCUUCCUGUAUAUCGAUCUGUCCUUGAAAAUGAGCGAUACAUUGGUCCUUCAUAUCACUGAAACAACUCGCAUACCGCACAUACCAACAUUUUUCACGCAUCAUUUUAAUACAAUAGAAAAAAAUCACAUUAUUAUUUUAAAAGCAUGUACCAUGUGACCAGCAAAUAUCUUUGACCUUAAGGUGACCUUGAACUGUCAAUCACCAAGUCUUUGACCUCAUGAACCGAGACCAAAAUAGAUGAAGGCUUCAACUGUCAUGCUCUUGAUCUCAUAGGUCCUUGAUCUCACAGUACCAAACUUCGGAAAUAACUCCCACAUUUAAACCGUCAUAUAACUGUAAUACGAACCAAAGCGACGUUAAACGCAACCCCACUCACUCACUUACUUACAAGCCCAAAGCAUUAAACACCUGGCCUUGCACUUGUUCUCGGUGACCUCUCCUAGAUUUCAUGUUGCUGUAGAUAUCGUAGUCAUGUACGUUAAUAUACGUCAUAACCUGGUUAAUAUGUUAUAUCUAUGCAAGUCGAACGAGCGUUUUGGUCAAACACCCAAACUGAAAUCUUUUUUAACAUGAUGUACAUAAGGUGUUGUUAUGUAAUGAAAGAUUUAUGUUCCCAACAGGGGACGAAACUGAAUGUCUCGUUUUUGUAGACUAAUAUAUCUGUCCUCAUAUUUUUAAUCACUUUAUGUGAUGUGUAUGCUAUAACAAUAUGUAUACUUUUUUAACACAGUGAACCAUACCAGUCGUAUUAAACUUGAACCUAUUG